AUACUAGUAUUUGUUGGGGGUCUUUCAUCCUGUGUGCCGAUUUUUCAUUUUUCGUAAAAAACGAAAGUUUCAUGAUUUUGUGAUUAUUUGAAAGCUCUCAAAGCUCCAGUGAAUGUUAUAAUUAUUAAUUACUGAAGUGAUACUCGAGAUAUGCAUUCGAGAAUGUCCAUCAAAUGAUCCAAGGUGAUCUUCCAGUCUAGUUUUUGCUUCAGCAGUUCAGCUCUUCAGCUCGAUUGUUCUUAUCAAAGUAAUAAUUUCUUAUCAUUCAUUUCAUUCGGUAAAUUAUUUCAAAAGUUCGAAAUUAUUGUUCUACAAGCUGAACUUAUAUUCCAAACAAUGAGCUCGGAUGAAGUAUACGUCGAUUGUUCCGAUGACGAGAAAUAUGAUGUGAAACUAGUCGACGAUAAAUGGCUACCUCCGCCGGAAGAAAUUGUCCGACUCUACGAAGCUAUAGAUGAACACGGAUGUUUAGAAUUAGAAUGGCAAUGUCCUGGAAGAAGACCACCAACGCCGACGGAAACCGCUCACUCGAACCCUUCCAGUAAUGAGAACGUUGACGAAGAACCUAUAAACAAUUCAGAUUUCGAUUUUCAAGAAGAGAUGAACCAUCUGAAUCUUCGACCUACCGGUGAUAAUCAGUUGAAAGGAAGUGCUAAGAAGAAAACUACUACGUUUGAUGCUAUUCUGUCUAAUAUGGCUCGGCAUAGGAAACUGGAUAAUAUGGCUAACGAGGGUGGUAAUGGUAGUUGAUCGAGAUCAUAAUCAAUUCGAUAUUUAAUUGUUUCUUGUUUUUAUUGUUCUGAAUGCUGCACAAGCAGGGUUGGAUUGUGUUGUUCAGUGAACGUUAUGUUGUGAAAAGUUUGUUUUGUUCGAUUCUUGUUAUUUUAUUCUCAAUCAAUUUGAAUCCUUCUGAGUGCCAUCGAAUUAUUCAAGAUAUUCCAACAAAAAUGUUUCUUUCGAAUGAUGAGUUUUCCUACGAACGAGUUCAUUGCCUAAUUAAUUGUAUGUAAUUGUUGUAAAUUAUAUUUUUCUAAAAUUCCGA